AACUAACACAAAAGAUAUUUCUAGACACUUCAUAAAAGCAACAUCUUUAUUCCAUCCUCAUAACCGUAGGCUAGACUAGACUCAUAAACAGUUAUGAUAGAAUUAAAUGUUAAUGAUAAACUUAUGUCUACAACAAAUCGAGCAAUGGUUUACCUGUUAUGCCUUUUAUUCAUGUUAACUAUUUUCAUUAAAACUACCCCCAAAUUAAUGUGUAUUUUUAGUCCAUAUCCUUCUCACAGUCAUCUCUACCACUGCUCCAUGCAAAAACCACUUGCAGCAAGGCAGCCAACCACAACUGAGGUUUUAACAGUCACAGGAAAAGCUUCAAAGUCACGGGCUGUGGUCAAACGGGCACGUGCACAAAAACUAAACCAAGGCAAAUAAAGACAAAAUGCCUGCCACUGAUUUGAAUUAUGUAUCUUCAUUGUGGAUACCAAGAAAAUACUAAAAAAAAAAAAAAAAAAUUCUUUAACAGUACAAAAAGUGCCUCUCAGAUCAAACUACUGCGAACAAUUAUUAAACAUGGAAGGGGAAUCCCUGAAUGCUUCCUUCUCUUGCCUCUAAGCUAUGUACUGUCCCUUUUUUUUGUCAGCCCUUUAUAGCGCUGUACACUUUGAACCUGCUGAGAGGUGGAAAAGGGGAAAAGAAAAAGCUAAAGAGGAAGGAAAACACACGGUGGGAGAGGUUAGAGAGAUGAAACCAGCAGCAGCGUCACUGACAUAGUCACAACAGGAAGUGCAUCAUCUGAGAGGGAGGGGACUUAAGCAAGAGAGGAAGAUAUUUGGGGAGAACUAUGUAAAUACUUAGGCAAAAAGCUUCUUAUUUCCUCAACGGAUGAACAGACAGCACAUCAGCAAGAGACGAGACGCUUCUCCUCUGUUGACAUUUAUCAAUACUUUUAUUUUAAUUUGUUAUACAGACAGGUUGUGGAGGGAAGAUGUUUGUACAGGCAGAUUUGUAUCACUGGUGAUUGGAAUAAGGGAUUUUUUUUGGCAGCUACUGUGUGGAUUAUGACAAAGUUUUAAUAUCUCUGUGGACACCAGACAUGGAUAUGGGCAAUAAGACACCGGUUCUUGUCUUCCUGAUGAUUUACAUAAACUGUCUGUCAGGACUGCGUGUCCCUCGGCCUGACAACCUGGAAGUGAAUAUUGUGGAUGGUGAGGUGAUAGCAUUUUGGAAAGAUCCUGUGGACGCCCCCUUGAACCAUCUGUACAAUGUACAAAUAGCAAAGUACAGUAGUGUUGAAUGGACCACAGUGAAAAGCUGCACAGGGAUCAGCAGGACCUACUGUGACCUCAGCAGCCUUAUACAUGAUUAUAUCAUUCCCCACAAGGUCAGAGUUCAGCUGGUUGCAGGACAAAACGUGUCUGCGUGGGCACUCAAAAAGAAAUUUCUCCCGAAUAGAAGUCAAUUGCUACCUCCAUCCUUCACUUUGUGGGCUACUUCCAGCUCUCUGACGGUUUAUAUUCACCGAAAACCCAUCCUGGAAAAAAUCUUUCUUUUUGGGCUCACCUACACCAUCUACCUGGAGGAGAGAGGAGAAAAUGAAAAGAAUACAACAGCAUACCUGACAGAUGACAUUGGGAGGACCAAGUAUUUCAGUUCUCUCCGCUGGGGGACCGAGUACUGUGUCAGCAUCAAAGUAGAAGGCAAUGGAGCUCCGUCAAUCAGCAGUGUUUCCCCCAAACAGUGUCUGCUGCUACCAGAGCAAGAGUGGUUCAUAAUUGCUGUGUCAUCCUUGUCUCUCCUGGCUGUGCUGGCCAUCCUUGCUGUCAUGGCAGCCAUCCUCCUGUGUUACCUAAGACGUCCUGAGAAAACUCCUGUUGCACUGAAAUCCCCUGUCAGUGGCUGGCUCCCACUCUCCAUCGGAGAGGGGACUGCGGAGGUUGUUACAGACAAAGGAUGGUUCCUGUCCAGUAAUAGAACAGAAGUGAAAAACUGCAUCAAAGACCCAGUGACACAUGUUGCAGAGGAAGAUGGAGAGGACAGGAGGACCAGCAUGGACAGCGGGGUUGACAUGGAGUCCAACCCUGCUACAAGCAGCCGAGGAAGUCCUCCAACGAGACAAGAGGACAGUGGCUGUGGGAGCCUGGGAGGACCAGAGAGCUCCACUAGUAGUCAGACAGUUUACCCCCUGCAGGACAGGAGAACUGAUACCGACAUAGCCAAGAGGGACGAUAGUGGCUGCCAGCUUGAUUCUUCUUCUGUGAAUCUGGAUGUGCAGGAUAGUGGAUCUCUAAAGGUUUCUGGGGGAAGUUAUCGAAGCCAGAACCCCUCCGUUGGGCAGAUUCAUAUCUGUGACGACGAGGACAUGUUUAAACAAAUGCUUCCUGAAUUAGUUUUGGCCGAAGUGGUCACAGGUUACAGGGCUGGACCUCAAUCAUGUAUCUGCUCAGGAGCAGGCCAGUGCACCUGGUGCCACAAACAAGCCCAUUAUGGAACUGAAGUUAUAAAACAAUACAGAGCUAUGUGUUUUAAUAAUGGACCAAUGAGCAGCAAAUGUGAUUUUGUGGACUCUUACAAAGGGGGGCAUGCAUUUUUAAGUUAUCCUCAAAAGACACAAAUAGACACUGUCAUGGUGGAUGACACGGACACAACUUUUAUACAACUGGGGGAGACGUUCCCUCUGCUAACAGCUUUAUCACCGCUGCCCCUAGUGGAGGAAAGACAAGACUUAAAUAUGAACAAUGUGUCCCUUUCUCUUUGUGACGUAGAGCUUACGGCUGAGUGAUACACUGUGGAAAGCAACGCUAUUUAUAAAAUCAUGCUGACAUAACCUGUCUGAGAGCUACACUGUAGCGAUAUGCUUCCAUUUUUCUGCAUGACACACUUUUUGAGUCAUGCAGUAGAAGCAGUAAUUAGUAUUUGGGGGGAGAGGAAUCCCUCCAGGAUUGAAGGUGUGAUGGAAAGAGGGCAAAACUAUGAGGAGAAAACAGUGCAAGAGCAGGCUGUUAUUGACUGUAGGAAGGAAAUAGAGGUUAGGCCACACAGCUGCUGGGUGAUAGCCGUCGGCUGGAGCUACAGGGGCUUCUUAAGACUGACAACAGAAGACCUUUUUCGUCCCACUGGGUGUAUUUUACAACUGACUAAAAUGCUGCAUGCCGGAAAUGAAACUGGUGUGGGCAGCAAUGCAGAGAAACAGUUUGACAGUUGCGUACUUUUGGGCAUUUUAUGAUUCCCUGCCUGUCACUCUGCUAAUCAUGAAACCCUAUAUUGGUAACCAAUGGUGAAGUUUCUGAGAAGUUUUUCUUACCACUAUUUAAAUAUCAGACAAAAUACUUGUGAAGCACUUAAGAGCGAUAACGAGAUGUGUCAAACAAGGGAGCAAAUGCCUCAUUUUUAAUGUGUGUUUGAUAUUUUAAAACUCCAGGCCUGUCUUUAAGCUACCUCUCCAUUUUAAAUUAUUUAUUAAAUAUGACUUGGUUUUUUUUUGCAUCACUUUGAAUACUAUAUGUGCCUCUGCUUUUUUUUACAUGUCAUUAAAAGAUUCUGUCUUCCUA